AUGGAAGAUUUAUCAAAACAAUCAUACUGGAAUGAACGUUUCUUAGUAGAAGAUUCAUUUGAAUGGUUUGGUGAUUGUUCACGUCUUUAUCCUAUAUUAGAUAUUUAUUUAAAAUCUAAACCUUCACUUGUUUUACUUCAUCUUGGUUGUGGUUCAUCAUCAUUAGCAGAAGAAAUGUACGAUAGAAAGUAUUGUCAUAUGAUUAUCAAUGUUGAUUAUUCAUAUAAUAUUCUUGAUAAACGUCGAUCAAUGAAUAAAAAUGUUUAUUUAAUUGACUGGCUUACUUUAGAUAUUCGUACAAUACCAUUAUGUUUAAAUUCUUUUGAUACAAUUAUUGAAAAAGGUACAUUAGAUGUAUUUUUUGUUGGACAUGAACAUCAUUUAUGGAAUCCAUCCGAGGAAUUAAAAGAUAAAAUUGAUUUAAUAUUAACACAAAUUAGUCAAUGUCUUCAAUCCGAUCAUGGACGAUUUAUUUCUAUAUCAUUUCAACAACCACAUUUUCGUCGUCCAUUUUUAGCUAAACAGAAAUAUCAAUGGUCAAUACAAGUACAUUCAGUUUCAGAUGGAAAUGAAUCUGUGGAAUAUUUUGUUUAUGUAAUGACUAAAGGUGAACAAAUGAAUGAAGAAGAUCAAUUAUUAGAACAAGGAAAAUCUACAAAAUGGUACUGGAUUAAUAAAACGGACAAUUCUAUUGAACCAUCAAAAUAUUCUAUUGACGAUGAGAAUGAUCAAUAUCUAUCAAAUAUUGAUCUGAUAGAUAAUGAAUAA